AUGGAGCAUCGCAAGAUGCAUUUAUUGGGCAGACGUUACGAUCUGACGACUACGGGCUACAAAUCUUUGGAAAUUGGAAUCAACGUUGGUCCACUGAGUUACAUGGAGAUUACUCUGAGAGAUCAUCGUGGACAUAAACUGCUGCUGUCUCUCGAAACGUGGAAGGGUCUCUACGAGCAGCGAUGGAAUAUUUACAAGAUGCUGCGAAACGAAUACAAGGACAAUUGUGUUGGACCGCUAACUGUCAGCGUUUGCAUGCUGAACGAUGCUACGCUGGCUCAUCUCGAAGCAAACGAUGUGUUUGAUGUGGCUGAUGGAUCGAGAGAGCAACCAACGGAUGCCACACUGGCUGAUUGGAAAAAGAAGGACGCCUUGGCGAGGUCUUUGUUAAGUAAAUCUCUCGAUGAUGCACAUUUUAAUUUGGUGGUCGCCUGUAAAUCAUCCGCUGAUAUGUGGAAGACUCUCGUGGGACAUUAUGACGAGGUUUCAAACACGACGAAGCUAGCUGCAUUGGAAGCAUACAACGACUAUCACUGGAAAGACGAUAUGACUGUUAAUCAUGCUGCUCGCGCUGUUGAAGCACCAACACCGUAUAACGUGAAGGAAGUGAAAAGAAUUUUCUGUUACUUAAAAGGCACAAUGUCAGUAGGAAUUCAGUUUGGUGAAGGUAAAAACGAAGUUGUUGGAUAUUGUGAUUCAGACUAUGCUGGAUGUCCGGACACUGCUAAAAGUACUUAUGGAAAUGUGUUCGUAUUAAACGGUGGACCAAUAUCCUGGGAAUCACGGAAGAGCACGAUUGUCGCUGACUCCACAACUGUUGCUGAACUGCAGGCUGCUUAUGAAGCAUCGAAACAAGCCAUAAAAAUCUCAUGA